UGGGCUGCGCGCGCAGCCUGGGGGGGGGCGCCCUGGCUUCUGGUUGCUGGAUGCUCAGGCUAAGGCAGGGACCCUGCCAGGCUCCUGCCUUUGCCUCCCUCCCCCGCCACUCUAGGCCAGGCUUCGGUGGGGGCAACUAGGGCCGCCCCCCCAAGGGCCGGGGGGGGGGAGGAGCCGGCUGUCGCCAUGGAGAUGGGGGCCGGCGACGCCCCGUCGCCCCCGCCCCGGUACAACGCCCCCCGCUCGGCGCUCUACGCCGCCAAGAUGAGCGCCAUGGCGACGCCACCCGCCCCGGCCCCCAGAGCCCCGGCCACGGCGCCCUCGGCCUCGGCCGGGCCCGGGGGCUGCGGGGCGGCGGCUGCGAGGGCGGCGGGCGGCCCGGCGGCGGCGGCGGCUCCAGGCACCGUGGGGGCAACUGGCAGCAGGGCGGCAUCUCCGGCGGCGUCUCCGGGCAACCUGCCGGCGUCUCCGGGCAACCUGCCGGCGUCUCCGGGCAACCUGCCGGCGUCUCCGACAGCUACCGGCUGCGGGGCGGCACCUCUAGGCAACGGGACGGCGUCGCCGGGCAGCGCGGCAGCGGCGACGAGCAGCGGGGUGGCGUGUCCGGCGCUGACGGACAGCGUCGCCGAUGCGGCGACGUCUCCCGUGGCAACAGCACCCGUAGCCAGCAUGGCGGCUGCCCCGGGGAUGGUUUCCAUGGCAACGACGCAGCUGGCCGGGGUCGACGGGGUGGCGGGUCCCACGGAAGCCGUCACCGCGGCGGCGGCCUCUCCCACGCCGUCUCCCGCCAUGGAAACUGCACCCCCGUGCACCCCGGUUAAGCCCCUCCCGGCGCCCUUCCCCUCGCCGGCCGUGAUGGUGGUGGCGCCGGAGACCAGCUCCCCCACUGCGACGGAGGGGCCCACAGGCCUGGGUUCCACCGCCUCCCAGGACACGGGGUCGCAGUCCAGCCUGGGUCCCGGAAUCCCACCUCCCAGGCCCCCGCCGGCUCCAGACACCCUGAGUUACCUGGAUUCGGUCAGCCUCAUGUCGGGCACCUUGGAGUCCCUGAGUGGCCCCGGCUUCCUGGACGACGUCAGCUCCCUGGGCUCGGACUCGGAGAUCAAUGGCUUGGCCUACCGGAGAACAGACAAAUACGGCUUCUUGGGGGGCAACCAGUACUCGGGGAUGCCGGAGAGCGCCAUCCCGGUGGACGUGGCGCGGCAGCGGGAGCUCAAAUGGCUCGAUAUGUUUUCCCACUGGGAUAAAUGGCUGUCACGGCGAUUCCAGAAGGUGAAGCUGCGCUGUCGGAAGGGAAUCCCCUCUUCUCUCCGUGCCAAAGCCUGGCAGUUGCUGUCGAACAGCAAGGAGCUCCUGGAUCAGAACCCCAACAAAUUUGAGGAGCUGGAGCGCCAGCCCGGGGACCCCAAGUGGCUGGAUGUGAUUGAAAAGGAUCUGCACCGGCAGUUCCCCUUCCAUGAGAUGUUUGCCGCCAGGGGAGGCCAUGGGCAGCAGGAUUUAUACCGCAUCCUAAAAGCCUACACCAUUUACCGGCCCGAUGAAGGGUACUGCCAGGCCCAGGCCCCCGUGGCUGCUGUCCUGCUGAUGCACAUGCCCGCUGAGCAAGCCUUCUGGUGCCUCGUGCAGAUCUGUGAGAAGUACCUGCCAGGUUAUUACAGUGCCGGACUGGAAGCCAUCCAGCUGGAUGGAGAGAUCUUCUUUGCCCUGCUGCGCCGGGCAUCCCCCAUGGCCUAUCGGCACCUGAAGAAAUACAAGAUCGACCCCAUCCUCUACAUGACGGAGUGGUUCAUGUGCAUCUUCUCCCGCACCCUGCCCUGGAGUUCUGUGCUGCGUGUCUGGGAUAUGUUCUUCUGCGAGGGGGUGAAGAUCGUCUUCCGGGUGGGCCUGGUCCUUCUCCGGAAUGCUCUGGGCUCGGUGGACAAGCUGCGCAGCUGCCAGGGCAUGUAUGAGACCAUGGAGAAGCUGCGCAACCUGCCAGCUCAGAGCAUGCAAGAGGACUUCCUCAUCAACGAGGUGGUGAACCUGCCUGUGACGGAAGCGCUGAUUGAGCGUGAGAACACCACGCAGCUCAAGAAGUGGCGUGAGAACCGCGGGGAGCUGCAGUGUAAACCCUCCCGCCGCCUCCAUGGCUCCCGCGCCAUCCACGAAGAGUGUCACCGCAUGAACCCCGCGCUGACCCCCAGCACCAGCCUGCUCAGCCUCACCGGCUUCAAACAGCGGGCGACCCGCGGUGCUAGCACGGGGGGCAACUUCUCCCCCGCCCACCCCACGGGCAACCUGGCCGCCUCCGCUGACCCCGCUCCAGCCGCUACCCCAGGCCAGGUGGUGUCGGAAGGGCUCCACGCCGCUCUGCCCUCCCCCACGGGGAACAACGCGCCGCUGGGGGGCCCCAAGAAGGGGGGAACGAAGGAGAAGAAGAAGGAGAAGGAGCGGGAGAAGCAGGAGAAGGAGCGCGAGCGGCUGCAGAAGGAGCGGGAGAAGCAGGAGAAGAAGGAGAAGGAGAAGCUGGAGCGGAAGCAGCAGAAGGAGCGCGCCAAGGAGGAAGCCAAGCAGAAGAAAGAGAGGAAGGUCUCCAUGCGCCGGAAGGAGCCCAAAGCCCCACCCCGCGCUGAGGAUGGGGGGCAAGAUGGGGAUCCCCCGGUGGGCUCUGUGCUGCAGGACACUUACUUCUGAGCUGAAGUGGGGGGAAUGACAGCGGGGGGGCCCUGCUGCCUCCGACCCACCACAGAUUCAGCCAAGGACCAAGGGGUGGGGAGACUCAGAUGGGGAUGGGGUCGCUGACUGGGAGGAAGCUGGAAUCUAAAGGACAAAAGGGUGUCGGGGUGGGCCAGAGAGUGUUGAGCUCUGAGCUACCCAUCGGGGGCGCCCCACAAUCUUCCUCUUGACAGGAGGGGACCUGCUUAACGACUUUGAAAGCCAAACGACUACUGUGCUCUCCCCACCCUCCCCCUCUUUUCUGUGUCCUCCUCUCCCAUCGGUGGAACAAACAGGUACACCCCUCCCCCCAAGCGCUUUCCCAGAGGUGUGGGGCAUGUCCCCCUCAAGUCUUAACAAGAAUAUAAUUGUAUUAAUAAUCGUCUGGCCCGUUUACUGUAUAUAGGAGAAUCCUCUUUAAACUAUUUAACCACUCCAGCCCUACGCUCCCCCUGUUCCCUUCCUCAGGAGAGGUUGGUUUUAAGAGCCACCCUCUUGCCCCCUUGCUAGCAGGAGCACUCACUCCUCUUUGUGCUGUUCACCCCCAAACGCAGUUCUUGUUGAUGGACGCAGGUAUCAAUAAAGUUCUUCUACUUUGACAGUCACUGGCAAGAUGGAUGAACUUUAUUGACAGCCCAAUGUAUGCGGACAGGGCAUCAGUUCCCAACACCAUAUUUUGUUACUGAUCAAUAGCCCAGUGUUCCCCAACGGCAUCAGUAAAGCUCAUCCGCCUCUCAAGAAGGCAUCGAUAAAGUCACAUGCCAGGUGAGAAACUUUAUCGAUAGCCCAGUGCUUGCGGACAAGAGAACAAGAAAGUUCUUCCAUCUCCCAGCACAGGAUUUUUGUGGCAAGGAGUAAACUUUAUCAGUAGCCCAGUGUUGGACAAACCGGUCUGUUCUUUUGUCUGCCAACCCUGGGCUGUCAAUAAAGUUCACUCCUUGUCCCCACCUAGGGCUUCAUUACUUGUGUGGCACCUUGGCGGCCCACUGUUAUGGUCUCCUUCUGGGAAAGAUGGUGAACUUUAUUGGUGGCCCACUUUGCCGACAAGGUGCCAAUAAAGCUUCUUCCCUGUAAGAGUGGGGGGAUGAACUUUAUUGACAACCCAGUGUUCGCAGCCAGAGCAUGGCAUUCCAUGUAAGGGCAGGGAUGAGCUUUAUUGACGUCCCAGUGUUUGCAGACAGGGUAUCAAUAAAGUUUAUUUCACUUGAGAGCCGCGAUAAAUUUUAUCGAAUACCCUGCGUUGCGGGACAGGGAGCCAAUAAAGACCCCCAGUGGCUGAUGCCGUGGGGCUUUUUCAGGAGCAACUGUAUCCAGCUAGCACCGCAUAGCCCCUCCGAAUUUGCCCCGGGGGGGGAUUAAAUUGGCCCCUAGACAAUAACCCCCCUCCCAGGAUGCCCCCUUGGUUAUCUCUUUUGUUUUUUCAAUUCCCAGCCUCCCCUCCCCCGGCUUAUUUGUGACUCUUCCCCCCUCCCCUCCCCAUCAACACACUCCAGUCCCCCUAGACCCAUCAAACAACCCCCCCCCCCCCCAAAAAAAAGCAUGAACAAACACCCUUAAAAUAACUGGAAUUUUCUCUCUCUCUGAAUGUGGUACGCUGUGCGACCACUAGGGGACACCCUCUGGCCCUACGGAGGGACAGCAGGGGUCUCUGGUUGGGUCUCAGAUGGGACGCUAACGCUUUCACGCUGGCUGGGAGAGGGGUGGGGCUGACCCACUGGGAACCCCCCAACUCCCGCUGUCUUGUGUAAAGCUAGCAAAGAGCGGCAGGGCUUCUGGGUUCUAUCAGGAGGGGAGUGGGGUCUAGUGGGUUAGAGUGGGGGGUGGGCUGGGAAUCAGGACUCCUGGGUUCUAUCCCCAGCUCUGCCACUCCCUGCCCACGUGACUUCAACAAAGUCACUUUCCCCCUUUUCUGUGCCUCAGUUUCCCCUCUUUGCAAGACAUGGCUUUAACUUAACCUUGUAGAGUCACUUCUUGGAGCAGGAGACCACAUUACUGGUCUUUGCCUCCAGCCAAGCCUCAUUCCCACAAUUCACCUCUCCCACAAACCAUGUUGUUAACAGCCCCCCCAGCCAAUGUAACUCCCAUCUGCCACCCAGCAAGCCCCCCUUUUCUCCCUCCCACCCAUUGUAUAUACGUGUCUCUCUAUACACAUAUAUUAUAUAUAUGUCUCAGUAUUGUAAUUAUGUAUACAGACAUUUUGGGUUUGGCCAUGAGGUCUUAUUUAAUGGGACAGACACUGGAAUAUAGACAUACAGCCCGCCCGCUCCAAUCCCUAGCCUCUCUUUUUAUGUCACCCCCAUCCUGGGCCGGAAGGGCAGAAAACCGGAUGUUUACGUUUUACAUCUCUCCUCUUUUUCCUUCCUUCUCCGUUCCUCCCCCCGCCCCUUUCUGUUGUUCGUGCCUCUUUCUUGGAGAUUUUAUUUUCUUGCUUUGUUUAAAAAGGUUAACAAAAGAAAAAAUAUUGCAUA